AUGGUCCUCAAGCGUCUUGUACACCACUUUUUCCUGUGGCGGGCACCCGACUACCUCGCUGUCGCUAUCAUAGCUAUCGUAGCCUCUGUGGUGGGCAGCACGGUCAGACCUCACUGCCGCAAGGUCGACUGGAGUGACUCUACUAUUGGCCACCCCUUCACAACGAAGGAAGUAUUCCCGAUGUACUCAGUGGUAAUCGCGGUCGUCUUGGUUGCAGUGCUGUACAUUGCUGGUGAGCUGUUCACGCGCUGGGGCCGCCCUGCUGGGAGGCUUAACAUGUGGCUCCAUGUCAACGGCUGGGUACUGGCGCACAUGUGGAGCAUCGGGUUGGCCUUUGUGUUGGUGAACCUCUCGAAGCUGUACGCCGGCCGUCUCCGACCCGACUUCCUUUCCCGACUGGGGAGAGAGGGCAUUACAGAAAUCAACUGGGCGACGAUGACACACGACGCGCAGUGCCGGGCGGCGCGCGAGGGCCGUCUCUCCUUUCCCUCUGGUCAUAGCGGCACGGCCUUCUCGGGAUAUGUUCCACCGUGCAUGUAUCUCAUGGGGCUUCUCCGUACUCUCAAGGGGGGCCGACUUUGGCUUGUCACGCUUUCAUUGCUUCCGCUGAUUAUCCCCAUCACCAUCGCCAUCUCCCGCACGACCGACUACCGCCAUAACUUCGACGACGUCCUCGCUGGCUCGAUCUGCGGCGCACUGUGCGGUGUGCUAUCGGUGGUGGUCAGCUUCCGGCCAUCGAUGCUCGGGGAGUGGACGCUCCGCGAUCACUCGGAUGACAAGUCGGAGACUAAAGCACCGCUGAUGUGCCUGGUUGAGGAAGUCGUCGAGACGAUUAAGCGGAGCGAAUCGGUGGUGGAGACUACGACCCUCCAACACCCGCUUUCCCCAUACCCUCCUCGCCCUGUGGUGAUCGAUAAGGGCUGA